AUGGCCGAAUCGUCAAGGUGCUUAUAUAGUGUAAACCCUGACUGGUCUAUGGCAUCGGUGCCAGUACGAGAACCUGUUCGUGUUUUUAUUUUUGGAACUUCGUAUGUCAAAAGACUACACAAAUUUCUCGAAAAAGUAAAUAGUCCAAAUUUAGGACUAAAUCAUGGUUUAUGUUAUAUUAGAAUUCAUGGUAUGCCAAAAAUAACACAUAAUAGGGAUGUUUCAGAGGAAGAUGUGGGCCUGAUUCCAACAACAGCUGAAGACCGUCUUACUAACAUCUUAAUAGACAAAUUGAUUAAAAGGCGUCUAGUGUUACCCUCAGCUUCAGGUGCAGAUGCUAAUACAACGGUUUCAGGUCCAUCUUCUAGUACGUUGAAUAGCCCAUUACCUUCAGUUGCUGCUAUCCCGACAACUUCAGUUGUUGCUACCAUCCCUAUCACGACAUUACAGAUUCCACCAGCGUGCUAG